GCUGCCGAUGAGGGAACGCGGCUCUACCUUCCCCGUCUCCCCCAGCUCGCCUUCGCCGCUGCCGGCCUCGCGGACCCCCGGGAGCCAGGGACGCCGGGCGAGGAGAGCCGCGUGAAGCCGGCGAGCGCUUCGGGCCAUGCAUUCCCACCGAAAAUAACCAUCGGUGCUUGCGAGAAGUGCUGUGUGCUGGAUCCUGUGGGAUCUUUUUAUUUUUGUAUUUUUUUUUUUUUCCCCCCCUCCCUCCUCCAGUCCGCCCCCAUCCCACUCUUCUGCCAGGCGUGCGGGCGCUGUUCUUCAUUUCUGGGAAACCAUGGACAAGAAGCAAGAUUCCAAAGGAUCCUUGGAGCCGCACAAACCAGUGAAAAGCAAGAAGAAACGGGAACUGAGGAUAACAUGUGUCCCCAUCAAACAGCCCGUUGCCAACACAACGCCCCCGAGGAACUUGGACUCCAGAGCGUUCAUUACCAUCGGAGAUAAAAACUUCGAGGUGGAAGCUGAUGACCUGGUGGCAAUUUCAGAGCUGGGCCGUGGUGCCUACGGCGUGGUGGAGAAAGUCCGGCACGCGCAGAGCGGCACCAUCAUGGCCGUGAAGAGGAUUCGAGCGACUGUGAACACGCAGGAGCAGAAGAGGUUAUUGAUGGACUUGGACAUCUCCAUGAGGACAGUUGAUUGCUUCUACACUGUCACCUUCUAUGGAGCCCUCUUCCGCGAGGGCGACGUGUGGAUCUGCAUGGAGCUCAUGGACACCUCCCUAGAUAAAUUCUACAAGAAAGUACUGGAGAAGAAGAAAACCAUCCCUGAAGACAUUUUGGGGAAAAUGGCCGUGUCUAUUGUACGAGCUCUGGAGCAUCUGCACAGUAAACUGUCCGUAAUCCAUAGAGACGUGAAACCGUCGAAUGUGCUGAUCAACAAGGAGGGACAUGUGAAAAUGUGCGACUUCGGGAUCAGCGGCUACUUGGUGGACUCAGUUGCAAAAACCAUGGAUGCUGGCUGCAAACCAUACAUGGCUCCAGAAAGAAUAAACCCUGAGCUGAACCAGAAGGGCUACAACGUGAAGUCGGAUGUCUGGAGUCUGGGGAUCACAAUGAUCGAACUGGCCAUUCUUCGCUUCCCGUACGAGUCCUGGGGGACCCCGUUCCAACAGCUCAAGCAAGUGGUGGAGGAGCCGUCGCCCCAGCUGCCCGCCGAUCGCUUCUCCAAGGAGUUUGUGGACUUCACGGCACAGUGCUUAAGGAAGAACCCCGCUGAGCGAAUGAACUAUUUAGAACUUAUGGAACACCCUUUCUUUACCUUGCACGACACCAAAGAGACUGACAUGGCCUCCUUCGUGACAGAGAUCCUCGGGGAAGACUCCUAACUUAAACCUCACGGCUUCGUGCAGUCCCCUCCAUCCUGGCUUCCCUGCAGAAGAGCAAAUGAGGACUUGAGUUAAUGGUGGUUUGCACAAAUCACACUUCCCCCAACCCGUGGGCAUCUCUGGCCCCAUCUGGCCUCGCAACCUCUUUUUCUCUUUGCCCUCUAAACGAAAUCCCCCAGGAUGAGCCUUCUGAAGCCAACACCUUUCCAACUAAGCCACGGAGACUGAAGGCUCGGGAAUUCCCUGCUGACGCCAGCGUAUCCCUCUCGGGGAGAGGACCGUGCCUGUGGCACCUGAGCGGGGCCAGGACAGAGGGUGCCAGCGGGCAUCUCCCCUCCCCGGCAGCCUGGUGCACAGCGCAGGGGAUUUCUGUUUCUCUGCUGCCUGGGGAAGGCAGAGACAAAAAAUGCUGCUGCGCUUGCCCCACUCUUCUCCCCUGCCUGCCCAAAGCCCCUUCCCCAGAGUCUGAUCUUGCUCGCUUUCCCGUUGUGCCUGGCUCUAUGCCCCCAGGAGCCCACGCGGCUUUUUAGGGGGCUGUGGGGCUUCCUGGGCACGCCGCCGUUCACACCAGAGGCUGUUUUAAUGCCUGGCUUGACAUCUUAACGACCCUUCGAGGCAGCACCAGACUGGGCGACCCCCUCCCUCAAUCGAUAACGUUGCUCCCUUGCGGGGAGGGGAAAAAAAAAAAAGGGGGCAUUUUUCAAUGAGCCCACCUUGACACAAGCUGCAACCCAUGCUCUCCCCACGGGAUUUCAUCCAGCACACAGUGCUCCCUUCCCCACAUGGGCACAAGGUGAUGGAGAGAGAAGCAGGUCCCUGGGCACUGCAUCUCUCCCCUCCAGCCCUGGGCUGGGAGGACACAUCCAUCCUCCGGGCAUCUAACACCUUUUGCAGCCCCCGCCUCCACCUUCCCUGGCUCCUGCAGAAGUCGUUGCUCCGUCUCCCUUCCAACCUGGAGCUCGCGCAGGACCUCGCACUGUGACAGCCGCUCGUUUCGGAGGCCGUACUUGCAUCCUUCGUGUCCCAAACUGCCUUCGAAGCCUCCAGCUGCCCGCCGAGGUGUCAGCCGAGAUCGAAACCCCAGCGACUCGCCCGGGGGCUGCCGACAGUUGUACAUUUUAUGUCUAUAUAUAAUGGACUUUGUAACAUGUUUCCUAGUUUUAAUCUAACUUGCUAUAAAUUAAAGCCCUUCUGCGUGGGAGGAGGGAGGAGCAUUUCCUUCUCCGCUAACAAAUCCACUGUGAAAACCUGAUGUGUUUCCCCACUCUCCCAGCCUGAGCACUCUGCAAGGAGCUACGGGAGCAAAAGGGGUUUCUGUCUUCUACUGUAUAUGAUCACGGGAUAAACGCACCGGCUGUGGAUUUUGUUGUGUUUUUUAAUAGAUUGACUUUUCAGAGGGAUUUUUUUUCUUUUCUAAUAUAUAUUUGUGUGUGUGUAUGUGUGUGCGCAAUAUAUAUAUAUAUAUAUUAUAUUUUUAAAUCAAUGAUGAAUGUGUGAAUGUCUAUGUGGCCAGCAGAUUUGGUGAAAUGGCUAGCAUUUUUCUGGCUAAAUUUGGGGUGGUGGGGAAGGGGUCAGUAGAAGGCACCCUGGCUGAAGACGACUUUUUUUUUUUUUUUUAAAAAAAAGAAGUGCAUCUAUUUUUUAACUGAAUCUUUUAAAAACGUUCUUCCUGAAAUUCAUGCCCUGGAGGUCUGGAUUUCAGGGUGCAUUUCCAGCGUUCAGGGUCCCCCACCCAAUGAAGAAUGAUGUCCCCUGAAAUUCAUUGCUCCCCACUCCUACAGCCCGGGGUUCGAAGCGGCGCUGGGGACCCUCUGCCUGGGAAGGGGGCUGCUUGACAUCAUCUCCUCCUGCGAGCUGCUCCUGGGGGAAGCUGCUUCAGGGCAAAGGGUUUUCAGUCUUUCAUGCCCCCGUGCUGGGGCAUCAUGCAGCAGCGCUUCCCCCCUGCCCCAUCACUGCCCUGAUCCCCUUCCCCGAGUCACCAAACCCCGAGAGAACCAGCCCAGGCUGAGCUGGACAAACCCUGUUCAGCUUUGGUUCGACCCUGACCCCUCUCCCCACCUCUUCAUGUAAAAUAAGAGAGUGAUUGAUGUUCUCCACAUCUCCCUCCCUGAUCCCACUCUGCAAACCACCCGAUGCUCUCUGGGAGCAUCUGCACCCUUACCCGCUUGGUUUGACGGCUUUGCAGCUGAGAUGUAGAAUUGUAUUUUAUUUUUUUUUCCCAUAGUUGGUUACUUCGGAUUGUUUUUUUGUUUUGAUGUUGAGCUUUUGUUUUUUCCCUUCUCUCCUUGUUUCGACUCCUUUCCCCUUCCUUUAUCUCACCCGUUUUUGGUGCUUUGGGGAAUGGUGAUUUUUUUUUUUUUUUUGCAUGUGUUUGUGUUUGUUUGUUUUGUUUUUGCUUCAUUUCUUCUCCUAGAGAAAGUCCCGAUUCCUGUAUUUUGGGGAAAGGGAGCAUCUGCCCUUUCAAACGCUGGGGCGAUGCCUCUGGGGUGGGCUUGGGACCCUGGGAAUGAAGCAAGGCUUUGCUGCAGAGGCAAACCCAACACCUCCCUCUGCCACUUGCUCCGCUUCGUUCCACGCGGGUCUUGCGCGUCCCCCUCCACAUCCCACGCUUUCCCGGCCUGUCCCGCUGCAUCGAACGGCAGCCCUGGGGGCGAACGGCUUGGCUUUAAGGUGGACGAGGAUUUUUUAGCCCCUCUAACCUUGUACCUUUGAGAACGGUCUGUACCCAUUCAACCCAGGCGUUUGUUUUUCAAUAAAAUUCACCCUCAAACCUG